UCGAAAUCGUUUUUACAUUUAAGAAAUAUGUCAAUAUGUAGUACAAAACAUAUCAACAGUGGACAAUAAAAAUAUUUAAAUUGAUAACUAUGUGUAUGGAGUGGAAGCUAGUAGAUUUUUUUAAAUUAUGUCACGUAAAUACUCCGAAUAAAAACCUAAGGAAUAAUGAGUUGAUAGCAGUUUGCCACAAUGGAACAUAUAAUAUAUUUUGCGACAGUAAAAGCGGAAUCUAUGUAUUUUCAACAGAUUGGGAUUGCAAAUAUUUCAACACAGCCAACGAGUCCGUCGAUUGCUGUACAAUAACUGAAACAAAUUUUUUCAUAAUGCUCGAGCAAAGUCUUGUGACUCAUAAUAUAAAUUUGAAAAUAUAUAACUUAAACAAAAUAUUUAAAGGAGAACAAGUACAACUCGUUGGAAUAGCGCAAUUGGAGUGCUGUCAUGAAGUCACCGUUUUGAAGGCAUUUAUGACUGACUCCUACCUAUUUAUUGCAAUCGGCCUUGAUAAAGGUAAUGUUCUACUUCAUGAUGCAAAUGUAUCACGCGAUAUGACUACAAAUUUUCGUAAAUUGCACGUGUGCACACGACCUAUUAAGGGGAUCGAUUUUUUCUUGUCAAACUAUGAUGAAACCAAUAUGUUCGUUUGCACAGAUGGAGGUAUAUUCUGCUUUUCAUUGUCCAAAAAUAAGCGGGAAUUGAAAGUUGUAUUAGACAAUGAGUCGGCAUUGGUGCACUGUUGCACUGUACAAGCAUUACAAAACGAACAUUAUUUUGUAGUCGGACGAGAUGAUGCUCUUUAUUGUUAUACUGCGGAUGGCAGAGGACCUUGUUAUGCGAUUGACGGACGAAAGAAGAUUUUGAAGUCGUUUGGAAAAUAUUUGAUUGUCGUCUUGGAACAAAGUAAACCAAAACCAAUGUCAUAUUCUAGUCGCUUAGUGAUAAUUGACAUCGAAAACAAAAUUAUAGUGUUCAGUCAGGAAAUAGAGACGGUUGAAGCUGUGUUACCAAAAGAUUGCUACGCCAAUUGUUACAUUGUUCUCAAAAACAAAAGCGUUCUCACACUGAGGGAACGGCAAAUUAAAACCAAAUUGCGCCUUUUACUCGAUAAAAGCUUGUACGAUUUCGCAUUUCAACUUCUUAAUUCUUUAGAUUUAAAUUCCAGAACCUUGGCAGAUAUUUAUGUCAGAUACGGUGAUUGCAUGUUACUGCGCGGAGAUAUCAACAAAGCAGUAGCAAUGUAUAUUCAUACAAUUGGCGAAGUGUUGCCUUUUAAAAUUAUUAUGAAAUUGAUAGAUUUAAAGUAUAAGGAGCACUUGAUUAAAUACUUGCAAGCGGUAACGAAAACCAAAUAUGGCAGCCAGGAUCAUGAGGAACUUUUGCGCAAUUGUUAUAAACGUCUUAAUCUUCCAGUAAAGGUUAAAAACCUUUUUGAAUUAAAUUUACAAAAGAACGAUCAAAUAGGUUAUCUUGUCAUUAAUAGAGAAGUUUCAAAUUUAAAUGCUUUAAGCAAGGUAGUAUUUGAUAUGGAUAAGAAAGAAGUUUUCAACUUUUUCAAAAAAUACGCUGGGUCUUUAAUAAUUCAGUAUCCCAAAGAUGUCCACGAAGCUAUCACAACUCUCAGUUUAAAAAUGUCCUGCGAGCCUAUCAUCCAAUACCUACUUCCUAUUUUCCUUAAAGAUGAUGAAUGUUGUCUAAAGCUUCUACACAUGUCCAGUUCCAACGGAAAUCUUAAAGCCAUAUAUAGUAUUUGGCUAGAGCUGCUUUUACGUAAGUGGCAAUGUUCAGAAAUUGAUGUUUCUAAAGUGCUCGAUUUUUUUCAAGUUUACAAAGAAUAUUUGAUAGACGCAGAUGUACUUAUCAUAUGUAGGCAAUACAAAUUCUGGAAAGGAAUUAUGUUGAUGCACGAUAAAGACGAUUUAAAUUUUUUGAAGAUUCAAUACUUUUUAAGGAAUUACAACGACCCUACAGAACACAAAUUAGAUAUUAUGGCAUUUAAUCGAUAUCACGAGUUAUGGUUGCAUGUUCUAAGCAAAAAGAAUGUUUCUUUCAGACAACCUUUUGAAUUUACCAAUAUUAUAUUUAAAGCCUUAGUUCGUUCUAGUGUGGAUAACACAUUGAAAAGUAUUAAAUGUCUUUCGACUAACACAAAUUUUUCCGUUGCCCACGUAAAUGAUAUUUUCACACAGGAUAGGAUACCAGACUUAUUUCCAAAUAGCAAACUUAAACACAUCUUAAUCGCUUUAAAUUUGAAAUUAGGUGAAUUAAAAAAUUUAUUGGCAGAUUUUCUUAAAAAACCAAUUGAAUUUCGUGGUAGUGUAUGUGAAAUAUGUAAGCAGCCUAUUAAAUUGCCUAUAGUGCAGUUUCUAUGUGAACAUACGUUCCACAAAGCGUGCCUUAAUUCCUAUCCAGAAAGAAACGAAUGCAUCAGCUGUCUUCCAGCAGCCACUGUGAAAUCCACUAAGCGAAGGCCUUUAAGUGAAGAGUUAUUAGAUGAUGGUAAUGGGGGUUUGAAAACCGUUGCGUGUGCUAUACAAGAAGGCAUAUUUUACAAAAAUGAUAUUGAAGACAAAACAAAUCCUAUGAAGUGGAUCUGGAAAAAUGAUGACAAUUAUAUGCAUAACCGUUCUAUUAACACUAAUAACACUAACGUCAAAAUGACGAAUCCUUUCCAAGAUAUGACGAGAAUCGCAGAUAAAGAGUAUGAUACAAAUUUAAAUCCAUUUAAUGAAAAUUAAUUUUUGUUAAGAAUAUAAAUAAUUCACGUGUAAAAAUUAUGC